AUGUGGGGUUAUUUCUUUGGAGGAAAUUCACAACAAAAGAAAGAUUUGCCUAAGAAGGCAAUCGUUGAAUUACGUGAACAUAUAUCGACAUUAAAUAAAAAGAAAAAUCAUUUACAACAACAAAUGGAUGAUCAAGAACAAAUAGCAAGAAAAUAUGUAGCAUCAAAACAAACAAAUUUAGCUAAAAAUGCUUUAAAACGUAAAAAAGGUUAUGAAACAAAUUUAAUAAAAGUUGAAAAUCAAAUAGAAACUUUAGAAACUCAAUUAGUUUCAAUUGAAGGUGCUAAUUUGAAUUUAGAAACAAUGAAAGCUAUGAAACAAGGUGCUAAAGCAAUGAAACAAAUUCAUGGAGAAUAUGAUGUUGAUAAAGUUGAAGAUACAAUGGAUGAAAUUAGAGAACAAGUUGAAUUAGCUGAUGAAAUUUCAGAAGCUAUAUCAAGACCAGUUGGUAAUGAAUUUGUUGAUGAAGAUGAACUAGAUCAAGAAUUAGCGGAAUUAGAAAAUGAAAAUAAAGAACAACAACAACAACAACAAAUACAACAACCACAAAGACAAUCAAAUUAUAAAGAACCAGAAAAAGAAUUACCUUCUUUCCCAAGUGUAAAUAAAAAUCAACCAAUAUCUCAAGAUGAUGAAGAUGAAGAAGCUUUAAAAGCAUUACAAGCAGAAAUGGGAUUAUGA